AUGAGCUCAUCUCCCUCAUCUCCUCCAGGGAUUCAAGUUUCUCCUACAAUGAAAAGUGUAGUCUUUGGAGAUACUAACUUCAAGGUCCUGACUGUCGUCAGCCACCGACAACUAUUUUCUGUCUCUGGGGGUAGGUUGAGGCCCAUAGACUUGAUCCUCAGACACCUGACUAUCGCCAACUCUUUGGUGAUUCUCUCCAAAGGGGUCACCCAGACCAUUGAGAGUUUGGGGGUGAAAGAUUUCCUGGAUGAUACUGGGUGCAAACUGUUUUUAUGCCUAUACAAAGUGAGCAGAGGGGUGUCCACGGGAUGUAUCUGCCUCCUGAGUGUCUUCCAGAUGAUCACCCUCAGGUCCUGGACCUCGCGCUGGGCAGAGCUCAAGGAGAGAGCACCCAAGUACCUCAACUCCUCCCUGAUCCUGAACUGGAUGCUGAAUCUAUUGGUGAAUCUUCGGAUCACCUUGAAUCUAACUGGUGUAUCGAGCAACAAAAACAUCACAAGGCAAAGAGAGCUGGGAUAUUGUUUUGUCUAUAUUCAGCAUGAACUAUCACCCCAUGUAAUCACCAUAUCGUUAUCAUUUCCUGACCUUUUGUCUUUGAGCAUCACGGUCUGGGCCAGUGGCUCCAUCAUCUCCAUGCUCUACAGGCACAAGCAUCAGGUGCAACACCUCCACAGAAACCGUGUCACCCCAAGAGAGUCCCCAGAGACUAGAGCUACCCACACCAUCCUGGUACUUUUGAGCACUUUUUUGUCCCUCUACGCCCUCUCCUCCAUCUUUCAAGUCUAUCUCGGCCUUUCCCCCAAUCCCAGCUGGGUCAUGGUGAAGGUGUCAGCGCUGUUGGCUGCUUGUUUCCCCAUUGUUUGCCCCUUUGUGCUCAUGCGUCAUCAUCACCACAGUGCCUUUUGGCUCUGCUGUGACCAGAGGCAGAACACACACCCUUUUCCUAUUGCCAUGAAGCUGUAA